CAUCCAGGAAGUGAAGAACUGUUGACACAGGGCUGUGCCUGUGGCUCUACUGUAGCUCGGCUAAUGUUUCGGUUGUGGCACAGCACUAAAACAAGUCGAGUGAUACUGUCGGGUUUAACCUGUAGAAACAUGUCUGCUCAGUGUGACGCUGAAAGCAACAGGUCGAUUCACUCGGACAGCCUCGAGGAGGUUCAUAACAUCCCGAUGAACGUCAUCAUCAGACCGAUCCCCUCGGUGCUGGAUGAGCUGAAAGUUCAGAGUCUGAUGAACACCAUAAAGGACACAGCAGACAUCAGUGUUGUUCCUCCCAUUGAUGUGCUCUGGAUCAAAGGCAGAGAGGGAGGAAACUACUACUACUCUUUUGGAGGCUGUCACAGGUUUGCUGCGUAUCAGAGGCUGAACAUGCCGACCAUCCCGGCCAAGCUCGUCAAAUCAAACAUCUCAGACCUCAGAACUUAUUUAGGGGCGUCAACUCCUGAUCUGCGGUGACGGCAGAGCUGCUUUAUGAGAGACUUUGCUCAGGUGGCUCACACUCUUACACAGUUAUGACUCUCCUGUUAAAGCUGCAGAGCACAGGACUUACCAGCAGGGGGAAAUGUAACUCUUCAGCUAAACACAUCAUGUUUGUCAUUGGAAACCAGUGAAAUGUGAUUUAAAGGGUGAGAGUGUGUGUGUGUAAAUUUGUGUUUCUGUGAAUUCUACAUUUUUACCGAGUUGAUUGUCUGUCAUACAUAUAACCUUCAAAUACCAAUUGCACUGUACUGCACAUAAAAAGUAACUUAAGUUAUCGUUUUCUAGCAGUUAUUUUCUUGCACAUCACAGUGGGGAAUUUCUUUUUGUACAGCAAAUGCAGAUUUUACAUUAGUAAGUGGAUAUAGCUGAGUGACACUACAUAGCAAGGAUCGAUGCAGAUGUUGAGGCUUUUUUCACUGCAGACAUAUUGAAUAAGAAAAGCACAGGUGCUACAUAUGACAUACAUGACAGUAUUCUGAUUUUGAUGCUGGUCAUGUAAACAGCAUAUUACAUUUGAAUAUUUUCAAAUUAGGCCUUUUUACGAAUGUAGUAUUUUCGGGUUUUAGGAGCAUUCUUUGGACAUGUCUACAACGCAUUUGAAAUAUGUGUCAGAUGAGGUUUUUACAGCAGUUUGCCUGUUUACUGUCAGCUCUGUGCGUUGUCAUGGAAACAUUGAACACAAACCAACUAGCCAACAGUUUGCAGGGCUGAAGGUUAGAGAUGCAUGCCCACAAACAAAGACUUUGAUAUCAAAAGGUGUUUGGAUAUGCGCAAAUGUGGCAACGCUGACCUUUUCAAGAAGGUGGUUGAAUGAAUGAAAGACGGAGGCUGUGUUUACACGGUCCAACAAGGCUGCCAGCGAUAGGAAACUUUGAAAAAUCCUCUCUUGACCCAGCUGGCCACCAUCAUCAUCAGACAUCGAUAUUUGGUUGUGACGUCAGCUGACCAAAAUUCAAUGUCAAGCUUACGUCUAAUGCCAUCGUCAAUCUGAUGCAGCAUACUGACGACAGAUGAUGUUGAUAUUUUGUUAGUUUAGCUGUGCUGUUAAGUAGCCAAAAUCCAACAUCUCAUGCCAACAUCAUCUUAACAUAGAAUAACAACAUGUAGUCAUAAGGCAGGGGUCAGUUACCUUUACUGUCAAAAGAGCCAUUUUUGGCCAAAAAGCUCUAAAUAACCUGCCUGGAGCCAUAAAACACAUUUGAGCCUUAUAAUGAAGGUAACAGUAAGACUAAACUCACCCACUAACAUUACUAAUAGAUGAGCAUUUAUGAAUAUGUUUUACCAAAAAGUGACUGUAGUGGGCUAUUUAUGAUUGUUUGGCACUUUAACUUUGAAGGGUUGGCGGCAGUAGGAAACAAAUAUGUCCACGCACUGUUAAAUUCUGUAUCGUCCUCCAAGACUUUUUUAAAUCUAGAAUGCAUAGCUAGCGUAGCAAGGAAAAUCCAAGACAAGCCACCACUAGUGAGGUAUGAUGCAAAUUUAAUUGAUGAAAUGAAAAUGAAAAUGUUAGAAAAUAGCCAUUAUUAAUUUCUAUAUAAUUUUUUGCCAAAGCCACAGGGAGCCACUAGAGAGGGGCGAAAGAGCCGCAUGUGGCCACUGAGCCACAGGUUGCCUACUCCUGUCGUAAGGUAUGGAGAACGGAACUCAACAUACUCAAAACGUCAUAACGUUCACACAACAUGAAAUUCUAACGUGUAAAAUAUCGUCAACAUGAUUUAUAUUACAACCAAAAUUAACGUCUGUCUGACAUAGGAGUCCAGCGUCUUUCUGAUGUCAUAUUGACGUCUGGUGCCAGCAGGGAAACGACAUGUUAGGGCACAUUAUGAGAGUAUUCACGGUUGCGUGUAAAUGGGAAUAUUAGGGCAGUAUUAAUUUUCAUCAGCCAUGUAAACAGCUUACUAGGAGCAUUGUCGUUUUCAGAAUAAGCGCAAAAAACAGAAUAUUUUGUGCAUGUAAACAUAGUCAAGUGUCCCAGUAAGCCAUGACAGCGUGCAGUUAGCCAGCAUGCACAAAACCAGGACCCUAAAACUGAAGCAGCUAAAUGGAAUUCAGCCAUUAUUAAUUUCAGUAUUUACACCUGUGCCUUUUCUGCUGUUACAUGUCAAAAUGUGUUCUGUGAAAAAAGACUCAUUGAAUCCACCAGUGGCUUCUUUCCUUCAAGUGCACCUUUGAGCUCCUUCUCCUGAGCUCUGGGAAAAGAUUUAAAUAUUGUCACACAUUUUAGAUAUUUCAGUCUGAAAUUAUAUCAAACGGCCCCUCUAGUCAAUCUUUUUUUUUUCCCUUCAUGGCACUGGUGUUAAUUUUAGAAAUCAAACACUGUGAAGCUGCUUUGUGUGCAGCAGCAGCAGAAUAUGAGGAAUGUGCAUUAUUUCAGUAACCGAAACCUGCCUGUAAAAGUGCUAAUGAUUAAGGGGGACCAAAUGUUGCAACAGAGUAUUAAAGAUGUAUGAAAUCUCACACGUGGUCAGGUUUGAUUGUGAUGAUUCAGACAGCACAGGGAGGAAACAGAGAGGAGCCUCUGGAGCAGAUGGUUUGCAGAGGGAGUCAGGUGUUACGAGAACAUCAGGCUGACAACUUCUUGUGUCAGAAUGCAAGAUGCUGUCGUGUCUUGCUGAGGCAUAGGUCUUUCUAGUCUUGCUGCUGUCAUCCAGGUCAGUUUUAAAUGAAAACUCGCUUAAACCAAAGCACUUUAUCACUUCCUUGAAGUACCACAAGAUAAAAUAAUUUUACAAACUUUACAAACUAUAAUCCCUGAUGCUUUAAAGGUACAAACAGGUUCCGCUUACAGUCAUCAACAUGCAAAACAAUGAUGCUAAUGGUUUGUUUUGCUGUGAUGAAUAAUGCUGAAGGACAUGUUUGUUGUUGAUUGCAACCUUGAGACUGUUAAAUCAGUUUUCUUGGCCCACCGUCAUGGAGGAAGGAACUACAUCUGCAGAAUAAUGUGAGUAAAGCGUACAUCACAGGCUGCUGCACAAAGACGAGGUCUUUCUGACAUCACUGCCUUCACAAUGCGAGCACAGAGCUGCUUGAUGGUCUCCCUUUGUGGCCAUCGAGGAAAUGAAGGCAGACCUGAGGGCAGCUUUUACCGACCGGCCCUAAAGGACUCUAAAUUUCUCCUCUAAAUCGUCGCGUGUGAGAAGACUUCCUGUGGCUCGCUCACUGUCUGGAAGUAACCAUAUCCUCAAAGGCUUUUUGACACGCAACACCGGCAUGAAAAAAUAUGUUGCACCUGUUGCUUCGGGGAGCGGUUUCCAUGGGUGGUUCAGUGCGCUUUAUCUUUGAGGAUUUAAACACAUCAAGGGGGUUUAAGGGGCUAAGAAGAGGAAGUGUUUGUGGCUAUUUUUCACAAAUGGAUUCUCAUCACAUGCUGUUUUGCAGUUUGAUGUUGUCUUGCUCAGUGAUGACUGGAGAAAUGAACUUAGAGGGACUACUUUGUGUUUACAUUAGAAUUUGGUGAUUCCUUUUUGUUGCCUUAAGCAGGGAUUUGAUUUUCUCUGCUCAGUAUUGUUUCUCUCCUGGAACAUUAGAACAAAAUAUAGUAUUGUUAACAGCUAUA